AUCCUAUACUGGGUUGAAGAAAUCCUCUAACACAUUAACAGGGCCAUGCUCAAGCCCACAAGCAAAUGUGUGUAAAUUUUACGAUUUUUGUUUACAGAAUUAUGGGAUCCUGUCUCUUAAAUCCACCAAGACCGCUUAAUGUGGAUUCCAGCAUGAUACUAAGUUAUGAAAGUCCGUGAAAUAUUUGCAGCAGUCGUUUCACCAAAAGGUUCAGGAACUAAGGAAAUUAAUUAAACCUUCAAAAUGGCAGGUGUUGUCAAAACCUGUCACACAAGCACUGAACCUCCUAGGAUAGUAAUACAAGUAAUGGACAGUGACUCAAGGGAGUCUGAUGGUGCUGAGUCCAGAAUUCAUAGGCUCCCUGGUUAUGUGGCACCAAGUAAUACUAACAAUAACAGUAAUAAAGAGAAUGAAGAAAAAAAGAAAAAGAAGAAAGAAAAAAAGGGUAAAACUGAGGACAAAAACGAAAAAAAGAAGGAGAAGAAAGCAAAGGAAAAAGGAACAAAUGACAAUGACAACAAAGACAAAGAUAAAAAAGAAGAGCCAAAGAAGGAAAUUUUAAUAAUUGAUCCAGCAGGCAAUUUGUAUUACAAUUGGCUUUUUGUUAUUACAAUGCCAGUGAUGUACAACUGGACAAUCAUCAUAGCCAGGGCUUGCUUUGAAGAACUACAACAAGACUACCUGAGCGCAUGGUUUAUCAUGGACUACCUUUCUGACAUAAUUUACUUAGGCGAUAUGUUUGUCAGGACAAGAACAGGAUACCUUGAGCAAGGUUUGCUGGUGAAAGAUGAACUAAAGUUGCGUGAACGAUACAUGAAGACCAUGCAGUUUAAGCUGGAUGUUCUAUCAAUGAUUCCCACAGAUAUCUUCUAUUUCAAGAUGGGACUGAAUUACCCUGAACUAAGAUUAAACAAGCUCUUUCGUGUUGCUCGCAUGUUUGAGUUCUUUCAAAGAACAGAAACAAGAACCAAUUAUCCCAACAUAUUCAGGAUCUCUAAUCUUGUUAUGUAUAUUGUCAUUAUUAUACACUGGAAUGCUUGUCUUUACUUCUCAUUUUCCAAAGCAAUUGGUUUUGGAGCAGAUACUUGGGUCUACCCUAACAUAUCACAUCCUGAGUUUGGACGUCUUGCACGGAAAUAUGCUUAUAGCCUGUACUGGUCCACUCUGACUCUAACUACUAUUGGAGAAACCCCUCCUCCAGUUCAGGACUCUGAAUAUUUUUUUGUUGUUAUUGACUUUCUAGUCGGUGUGCUGAUUUUCGCUACCAUUGUUGGUAAUGUUGGCUCAAUGAUUUCUAACAUGAAUGCUGCAAGAGCAGAAUUUCAAGGAAGAAUUGAUGCCAUUAAGCAGUAUAUGCACUUUCGUAAGGUCAGCAAAGACCUGGAAAAAAGGGUUAUCAAGUGGUUUGACUAUCUGUGGACCAACAAAAAGGCUGUGGAUGAAAGAGAAGUGCUCAGGUACCUCCCAGACAAGCUGCGUGCAGAAAUUGCCAUUAAUGUUCACCUUGACACCCUUAAGAAAGUGCGUAUUUUUGCAGAUUGUGAAGCAGGGCUCCUGAUUGAGCUGGUACUAAAACUAAGGCCACAGGUCUAUAGUCCUGGUGAUUAUAUUUGUCGGAAAGGAGACAUUGGGAGAGAAAUGUAUAUCAUCAAGGAAGGGAAACUGGCUGUGGUUGCAGAUGAUGGAAUUACUCAGUUUGUAGUUCUUAGUGAUGGUAGUUAUUUUGGUGAGAUCAGCAUCUUGAACAUCAAGGGAAGCAAAGCUGGAAAUCGUAGAACAGCCAAUAUUCGAAGUAUAGGUUAUUCAGACUUGUUUUGCUUGUCCAAGGAUGAUCUUAUGGAAGCCCUUGUUGAGUAUCCAGAUGCCAAGGCAAUGCUAGAGGAGAAAGGAAAGCAAAUCUUAAUGAAAGAUGGACUCUUAGAUUUAGAGCAGGCCCAGCUGGGGCCAGACCCUAAGGAUAUGGAAGAAAAAGUAAAUAGGAUGUUUUCAUCUGUGGAAAAUCUUCAAACUAAAUUUGCCAGGUUGCUGGCUGAGUAUGAUGCAGGCCAACAGAAGUUAAAACAAAGAGUAACCAGGAUUGAAAAAAAACUGUUGUCAUCUAGGGAGGAACUUGUGUCAGAAUUAGUAGAUCAGGAGGCAGAUCCUGGCCAAGCUGAAAAGCAAGAGGAAUAAGGCUUAUUUGUACUGAAACCAGUCAGCAUGGCAAUGCAGUGAUCAGGGCUGCUGCCCCCCCAGGGGCAAGGAAUUCAGUUUGGCAUAGCCAUGGUUUGUGUGGUGUCUGCAUAUUUUCAAUAUGUCUACAUGGAUUUUUCUGCGGGUAUUGUGGUUUCAUCCCUCAGCCUAAACACAUAAAUCAGUUAAUUAACUGUAAACUGGCCUAAUAUGAACUGAUGUGUUCAGUGAUGGAUUGAGUGUCCUAUCCGGGAUAAGGUCUGCUGCUGGAAUAAGCUAUGGCUCCUUGUGACUGUAAAACUGAAUUAAAUGGGUUUAGUAAAUUGAUAGAUGAAUGGUUGCACUGAAACCCUCCAUAUGAAUUCUGGGUGUUCAAAUAAACUUUGAAUAAUAUUUUGCAUCUGAUCCAGGAAU